ACCGGCCACCUCCUCCAGGAUCUGGGCGUUCAGGCCGAUCACCUUCUGACCGUUGUUGGUGAUGGCACCGAACAACUGCUUGUCCAGCUUAGCCAGCCCGUUGCGGACCUUCUUUCCAGCCUGGGCCUGACCGGCCUUGCUAAGCCCGUGGGCAAGAUCAUCAAGGACGCCGGCAGCAUUGGCGAGCUGGUUAAGGACCUGGGUGCCCCCGUCGAGCAGCUUCUGGUUGUCACCGGCAAGGACACUGGCUACCUCUUGAUUCAACUUGACCAGGACGUUAAGGGCCUCUUCGACAGCAUUGGCCUGGACGCAUUGGGCGAGCCCGUUGGUGACCUGCUGGGUGCCGUUGGCAGCAGCCUGAAGCGUCGUCAGAACUGGGACUACAACCCUUACGCCAAAAACCCCAACGGUCUCGUUGAGAAACUGGCACCGGUGAUUGACUGCAUCUUGGUGGUUACCGGCGAGGACGCUAAGGACCUUAUCAUCAAGCUCAGCAAGCCCGUGGCCGAGGUGUUUAAGGCACUGGGAUUGACUGGCCUUGGCGACAGCGUAGGCAAGGUCGUCUCGACGGUCGGCAAAGAUGCGGGUGACUUGGUUUCGGAUUUGGGUCAGCCCACCGAACAGUUGCUCACUGUGGUUGGCGAUGGUGGCAGCAAGCUGGUGAUCCAGUUGGCUCCCGAUGUUGCAGAGUUGGUUGGGGACUUGGGACUCCCCAAGGUUGGUGAGGCAGUGGGUGAGGUCCUUGGAGCAGUGGGUAACAACGUGUAA